UGAAGGAACUUUAGGCAUAUCAGAUUUUUGUUUUUACCUUUUAAAAGGAAAAUAUAUAUUACUGAAAAAAAAAGCAUCUGCACAAGUGAGAUUAUCAGAUAUGCCGGCACAGCGACAAGAGCAAGAUUAUUUCUCUCUCGAUACGAAGGGUCAGAUCGAGGCAAUGAACAUUAUUAAGAAGCUACAAUGCAAAAUCCUUUACAGUGAGAAAUAUUACGACGACAUCUUUGAGUAUCGCCAUGUGAUUCUUCCCAAAGAUUUAUCGAAGUUGGUACCGCGUAAUAGGUUGAUGAGUGAAGCAGAAUGGCGACAGUUGGGAGUCCAACAGUCUCAGGGUUGGGUUCAUUACAUGAUUCACCGACCUGAGCCUCAUAUUCUUCUUUACAAGAGACAUAAGUCGAAUUGAUAUAUGAGUAAAAAGAUAAAUUUACAGAUAAAAGUAUGGUAUUGUAGAACUUGAAGAAAUAGGCCAAUAUAAUGGUAAAACAAUACGUGAAUCCUGUAGUACAAAAAAAAACAUGUUUUGCUGCAGCCAUUAUUUAGUAUACUGUUCAUUUUUUUUUUACCAUUUUAUCAGACAUAUUACCUUUUAGAUUUCCUAGAGCACCUGUCCACCUUUUAUUAUUUUGAAUGAUGGUGACAUGAUGAAGUAAAAGUGGCCUUCCCCAUGCGUUAUAAAGCCUUUUUCUACUUUAUUCCAA